AUGUCUCAACAUCCAUCAUCAUCUGGUUCCAAAUCCUCCAAACAUGCAAAGACUUCAUCCAUGGAGUUUGUAGAUGAAGAUGUUAUGGACGUCACUCCUCUAUGCAUGAUACCUGGCGACACCACAGGUACCUCCUCCGAUGCUGGAGAUAAGCAAGGUAAUACCUCUGGUAACUCCUCCCUUCCUAAAGACAUGUAUUACACUGAUCGCGCUAUAAGGAGACUGGUUACUAGAAUACUGAGUGAAGGACACAAAGUUGAAGGGGUCUCUACCCCUCUGUCUAGAAGGGAACCCUCUCCUGAGAGAGAACCCCAUGCUGAUAAAGAUGAUGAUUCAUCUAGAUCAGAAAAAGAGGUGGCUGCUGAAGGGCUUUGCUCUCUAGAAAGCACUGAAGGAGAAGAUGAUCCUUUGGUUCAUCUGGUUAAACCUAGCAUAGCAGAGAAACUGAGAACUCAGAAAGGAAAAAGUAUGGCUAAAAUAAGAGCUGCUAGAGUGAAAAAGACUGCAGGAGUAGGACCCUCAAAACCCUGGAGCAAGGUUGAGGUUGGAAAAAGAAAAGAAAGACACAGCUCUGAUUCUGAGGAGGAUGUUAAAGACGAUGUCCCAGACAUCUCCCCUGCAAAAAGGCAGGCAGUUCAGAAAUCUCCUGGAAAGGCUGCUGCUGUCCAUCUAGACAAUAUCUCCUUUCAUUUGGAAGAUGAAGCAGCAAAGUGGGAAUAUGUCAUUCAGAGAAGAGUAGCCAUUGAAAGAGAACUUGGACAAGAAGUUGUAGAGGUAAAGGAGGUAAUUGAGCUGAUCAAAAAUGCUGGACUCAUGAAGACUGUGGUAACCCUACCCCAAUGCUAUGAGGGGCUGGUUAAAGAGUUUAUUGUCAAUAUCCCUGAGGAUAUUCAUGAUAAGAACAACAGGGAGUUUUGCAUGGUAUUUGUAAGAGGCAAAUGUGUAAAAUUCUCCCCAAGUGUCAUCAACAAGUUCCUAGAAAGAGGAAUGGAUGGAGGAGUAGACCUAGAAACUACAGACAAUAAGAAGGCUACUACCUCUACCUCUACCUCUGCCAAUCCUACUACUACUGUGGUUACUGAUGCCAUUGCUGUUGUCACCACUUCAGCCGAUGAUAUUGUUGAUCCUGUGAUUCAACCUAUGGGUCAAUAUGGCCAUACUAUUGGUCAGAUGGUUAAUAUGGGAUUGAUGUAUCCUCAAGGGUAUCCCAAGUUUUCUUCUCCUCCAAUCAUUACUCAGGAAACUUCUCAGGGUGUUGAACUCCCCAAUCAUCAAACUAAUCUUUAG